UUGAAGAUUAGCUAAAAAAAAUAUUUAAUUAUUAAGCGGGCUUUUGAAAUUUUUAUCAAGGGCUUUCCUUAAGAAUUUAUGUCCACUAAAAAAUUCUGACCAUCAGACUUUCGCCUGUCUACCGAAAAAAAAUUCUCAUUACGAUUUUCGAAAGCGCGCGAAAAAUUUGAAUUUAAAUUUAUUUAUUUUUAUUUUUUAAAAAAAAAUUGAGCCGGUUCUGAACAAUUACCAAAAUUUUCUAAUAUGAAUAUAAAAAAAUAUCUAAAAUGAUAUUUCUAAUACUCAGUAUAUAUUUCUAUUCCCGUACGUAAUCGUAAAAAUAAGUGCUGGAGAAUGGAAGGAGUUUCUCACACUCGUGAGCUAAAUAUAAAUCCGUUGUAGUAACUCAACAACUUGAAUUUACUCAGCUCAUCAGUAUAUCCAGUUCAGUUAUAACUUAUAGCGCACAAUAUUUAAAUUUGAAUUUUUAAAAAAAUAAUCACUCAAGACCUCCAUCAAAAGUUACAAUCACACAAUUUUUUCAGUGCUCGAUAUUUUUUAUUCUUUCAUCGGACAAAAUUCGCUAGACAAAGGAAUAAGAUGGAGCAGUUUGAACAACUGCUCACAUGCGCGAUCUGUCUAGAUCGUUAUAGAAACCCAAAACUUCUGCCAUGUCAACACAGUUUUUGUAUGGAGCCAUGUAUGGACGGGCUUGUCGAUUAUGUGAGACGACAAGUUAAAUGUCCAGAAUGUCGGGCAGAACAUCGUAUCCCUUAUCAGGGUGUGCAGGCAUUCCCGACGAACGUGACGUUACAACGGUUUCUGGAAUUGCACAUCGAAAUAACGGGAGAACUCCCGGAUCCGACGAGCGGACAGACAAUGGAACGCUGUGGCGUAUGUUCUGAGAAGAGUUACUGCUCACUAUGCGUCCAUUGUGAUAAAAAAUGUUGUCCUGAGUGCAAGGAUGCACAUAUGGACAUACUCAGACGCGAGAUAACACGUAUCAACUCACAGAUAAGACGCGGCCUUCAUCGUCUGCAGGAUGCAUUGGCACUUGUUGAAAAAAACACCCUCGGUCUGCAGACAAACUGCGCGUCUGUUGCUGAAGAAGUUGAUGAAAUUUAUCGACGACUGAGUAAAGCUCUGAAGGAUCGUACAGAACACCUGCGUAAUGAGGUUGAACGUUACUCCGGGACAGAGUUGCGUAGUUUAAUUCAAUUAAAAGAAAAUUUAGAACUUGAAAUAGCAAAUAUCCAAAGCAAUUGUGAUCUCGCUGAUGCUCAUAUCAAUGAAAAUGUACCUUGGGAUGACGCAGAGCUGCUUGAUACUAAAGAAUUGUUUCUUCGUACGGUUGAGUUUAUCAGGAACUUUGAGUACGAGGCUGGGGACUAUGGCCGUCGUGUGCGUUUCGUAAUGGCCCACGAUCCCAAUCAGUUGGUACUACACGUCGCGGGGUAUGGAGAGCUAAACAUUAAGCCGGAAACUGGAAGCACUGGGCACUUAGGUACCACUGGGGGAUUAGCGCCUCCUGGGGGACCUCCUGGACUGAUGAGAAGCAAAAGCGAUCAUCGUCUUGCUUCACAGUAUCGCCAGCAAGAAGAGGAACGAUUGACGAGAAAUCGUUAUGCUCCUGAUUACGAAUAUGACACACCAGAAUAUGAAACACCGAGAAAUAAAUCACGUUAUCGCAGUCGUUUCAUGCGUCACCGGGACGGCGAGGAAUCUGACGGCGACACAAGAUCGAGCGUACGUUUCACAUCCUCGACGGAUUCAAAUCAACGGGAAAAGGUAUUAGACACAGAGGAUGCCGCACGCGGACCAUUGUCUGGUAUAUUUCGCUUAACCGAUUCACCGAGGGUUAUGAAAAAGUUACAAGAGUGUGAGAGAGCGAGUAAACGCAAAAAAGAUGACCCACCGGCUGCUGUAACACCCACAGCCGCUCCUACUCAAACUCAAACACCCAAAACCCAGGUGCAGCCAAAAAAAAAUCCAUCGGUCGCUAAACAGACCAGCGAAGAUGACGAGAUUUCAAGAAUAAAAAAACAAAAUAAAAAUAAUCCAAGUCAAACGGAAACUGUCGAGGAGAGACAAUCAGUACCUGCAACACCGACUUCUGUCAGUUCACCGGUGACACGUGAAAGUGAACGGGAAACAGAAGAAGUUAUUCGUAGACCGACAAUUGUUAGUAGAAGGACAUCUUCAGAAGCUCAUGCACCUGGAGUGCGAAGCGCAUCAUCGGACUCAAGUACUGGAUCUGAGAGUUCAACGGGCUCUGGAAUCCGAAGUACCGGCGCAACCUUCACAGCUGAGGAGAUGAAACAGAAGUACCUCUCAAGAGCGCCCCCAUCUUCUACCAACACAACUAGUAAUGUCAAUAGUGUUGCCAACCCUACAACAAACGUCACAAGUGUCCGUGAGAACGCCGUUACGACGACUCCCAGUCCCCGGCCGCCAUUUCAAAGCCGUUUUUUAGGUGCAGGUAAUCGGUCGUCUCCAGCAGUUCCAACCCCGGCACCAAUCGCUGAGCCGAAAAAAGAAGAGGACGACGAAACCUCCAGCUCGUCUGAAGAAACGGAAACCGAGACAGAGGAAUCUGAAACAGAGACUCGAAGUUCAGCAGCACCUAGCACUGAAAGAACUCGGGAAGUUGCGAUGGCCAGAACCGAUAUCGGGCCGUUGUUGGCACGAAGCGCCGAAGCACGACGUGGCAGCAAAGAGGAAUCGCCUUCAACUAGAUAUUCAUCACCACGAGGUAGUCCAGCUCUUUCAACAUCAUCACCAACAGGAAUGUCAUCACCUAGCGGCUAUACCAGCAGGUUCGUAGCAAUUGCUCACGACAAUCACGACUUGUCUUCCAAUUCCGUUAACACCCUGGACAAUAAUGUUGUACAUUAUAGGAGCGUUAUUAAUCAAAGUGACGACGCAUUAUUAUUAUUGGGUGAUAGUGUUGAUAACAAUCAAGCCGCGUAUAAUAAUAAUCAUAAUAAUAAUGAUAAAUAUAAUUAUGAUAAUAGUUUAACGGGUGAGAAGAUAUUAGCAUCAAACGAACAUUAUUCCAGUGUCCCAUCAAUUGUUAUUACCCCUGACGACAAUAAAUUCAUAAGUGUUAAUAAUGACCCUGACCUAACUCUUUCUCUACAAGAUAACAAUAACAACGGUAUUGAUAAUGAUAGACGUGGGACGGAUUACGAACUAGACCAAAAUAUUCUAGGUGAUAACCUGACGCGCGAUUACUAUGAACAAAGUGACUCCGCGGACAAUCAACCCGAGGCGUUGACCAUUCGAUCUGAUAGUUAUGAGAUGGGAGAGCUCCAAGAACCCGAUAAUGAAGGAGCUAGGAUCCUUAGUAGUAUUACUGAAGAAAUUUAUGAAGACAAUGAUGCUUUGGGGAGAGAUGGUUCCGUAGAUCAAGAGGUCGCGGGCAUUAAGUCUCACAGUCAACUCGUUUCCGGUGAAUCGGAUGAAGAAAUUGUUAGUGACUUGGGGAAUGAAAAUUCUAUUGAGGUAAAUGAUGAGAAAAUUUUCGUUAUGGCAACGGAUCAAUUAGACAGUGGACAUUUCUCCAGUCAGGGGGCGGAAGUUGAUAAUCGUAUGAGUGAUGAUAAGGAUUCUGAUGAAUUGAGUAAUGGAAAUGAUAGUGAAGAAAUCGCAGUGAGGUCUAAUGAUGAAGGCAUGGAAAAUAUUAAUAAUGAAUUAAUGAGCAAUGAAAAACUAGCGGUUAUGACGUCUAGUGAAUUAGACAGCGGAAAUGUUUCCAGUGAAUCACAUGAUGAAAUUUCUAAUAUCAGCAAUGAAGGUCAUAGAAAUUUUCCAAAUGAAAUCUCGGUUAUGAAAUCGGAAGAUUUAGCUGAGAGAAUUUCUCACAUGAAAAACAAUUUAGGCCUUAGAAAUGUCACCAAUGAACUGAAUGGAGAAAAUCAUAUUGCUAAUGAAGAAUUUUCUUCUUCAAACCAUAGAGAAUCAGGCAAUAAAACUCUUGAAACAGACGAUGAAAAAAUAAGCGAAGGCAUGCUGACUGACACUGAAGAUCUUGGAGAAAUUCUGUCUAGUGUAGUCAAAAGCGCCAAGAAAAUGGAGCGUGAGUAUUUGCAACAGAAAAAUCAUCAAGCGUUGGAAAACGGAACGGAAACAGAAUCUGGGUCCGAGUCCGAGUCCGAGUCCGAAUCCAUGUCAGAAUCUGAAUUGCAAUCGCAGUCUGAAAACGCGCAGACAUAUUCGAGAAGUAACGACAUUUCUGAAAUGUCUAGCUCGUUUUCUACAAACCAGUCUGAUAAAAUAGACGACAUAUUCAAUAAAAAUUCCAUAAAUGAUAAUUUGUUUGACGAUCAAGGAUGGAUCGUUACUGAAGAAGAUCCACUGCCUCUGCUAAAGAGCUCAAGUUCAACAAAUUCAAUCUCCUCCAAUGAAAAGACUGAUUUUUUUAUAAAUUCUGAUCAUAAUUCAAGUAAUUUUGACAAUCAAAAUCCAUGGAAUUCAUUGGGAAUUCAAAAUUCAACUGCGCGGGAAACUGAAAAUAAUUCAAAUUUCGAUUCCGAAGCUGAAAUUUUUAACAAUAAUUUAGCGCGUAAAAGUAACAAUGGAUGGCUAGCAAAUGAGAGGAACAAUAAUUCUGAACAAAGUACAAGUGAACCGAGCACAGAUGGCGUCGCUGCGGAUGUUCUAGAGAGGAACAAAGAUGACGUAACCUCGAAAAAUCUUAGCGGGCAGAAUAAUGAUGAUGAUGAUGAUGAUAAUGAAAUUGGUGUUAAGAAUGAGGAUGAUAAAAUAAAGAAUGAAAGCAACCAAUCGAGAAUGGACAACAUAAAUAUACCAAUGCAAAUGGUAACAACUGUCUUCUGUGUUUCUGUAUUGUGUUAUGGCGUUCUAACGAAUCUGUUCCUCUGACCGAACAGUUUGUCAACUCGAUUAACAGAUAACACACUUUAACAUCACAUUACAUCAUGGAUUUAAUCGUACGAUUUUGUUUAUGUAAAAAGAAAAAGUAUCAAGAUAUUUAUUAUUAAACAAUACUUUUCGUAAAAAAUAUAUUAAUCAUCGAUUUGCUUUAAGUACAAUCGGAAAAUUUCAUUUUAUGUAAACAAAUGGUCUUCGCCUCGUGACGUAGCAUUAAAACUAAAAAAUUUGACGUUUGUCGAAUUUUUGAAUAAUCAAAUUUUGCAUUUUUCUUUUUACAAAUUGUGAUAGUUGUACGUGUUACGUAAAUAAUUAUUAAUUAUCGUUAAAUGCUAAUAUCCAUGCCCAUUAUUAUUUUAAUUAAAUAAUAAAAUACGCGUAACUGACUUUGCUCAAUUUAUUAAAUACCAUUAAAGCUUUUUUUAAAUUUUUAUUUUUAUGUCUUCCUACACAGAAAAAUAUGAUUUUUUGGCGCGAAAAAAAUUUUUUUUUUUAUAAUGCAAAGACUUUCAUGAAGCUGAAGCUAGCGGCCAUAAUAAGUAGCGGCUACGCAAAAAAUUGUUGGCCGCUACUUUUUACGGCUACUAGCUUCAGCUUUAGAAAAUUUUCUUGGGUUGAAUAAAAAUUUCUUAGGGUGAGUAAAAAAUUAUUAUAUCAAGAAAUCCAUAUUUUCUGUGUAUUGUUUAUUGUUUCUCACUUAAUUUUUUAUUUAUUUUUUUACGCGUAUUUGUGUUAUGACGCUUUGCUGUAAGCACAAUAUUA